UUUUGAUUAGACCAUUAGACUCUUCUUACUUUCAUUAUGUACGAACGCUGCACGCUUCGUGUCUUUGAAAUAAAGAUAAAAUAAUUGAAAUUUUGUCCUAAUUAUGAUAUUUUGCAAUUGUCAAUAAAAAUGGUGAUUAAUUGUCUUGAAGCUACAUUGAGUUUACUAUUUGCAUUUUUAUACGAAAGUACCAUAGGUCAUAGGUCGUUUUGUAAAUGAUAAUGGAGCAAGGAAACGUAUAGGAAAAAGAAAUCGGAAAUGGCUGAGAAAGGAGCCCAUUUAACCGGGACAGCAUUUAUAAAACCUUCUAUUUUUGAAAUUAUAGCGCAAGAAUCGUUGGAAUCUGUUGUCGAGCCGUCUUUCAAAAAAUUUUUAUCGCUGCUUCAUUCUCUGAAACAUUCUAUGGUUUGAAACGUAUAACUGUAGCAGAUUCGAAGAUUAAAAGCAAGAUAUCAAAUAAACAGAGACACUUCUCUUUGGUGUUGACUGUUUUAUUUCCUUAUAUAAAAUCUAAGCUUUUUCAUUUAAGUGAAAAAUACAAACUUGAAGAACUGGAUGGCUGUGCUCCAAAAUCGCGAUGGGAAAAACUAUACCGAAAUUGCUUUAUUAAAGGAAAUGCGAUAAUUUUUAUGGUGUAUGAAAUCAUAAUAUUGUAUAAUUAUAUUCUUUAUAUAUCUGGAAGAUCUGCAUAUACUUCUCCACUUUUGAGGCUUUUAUCUAUCACUUUAACAUAUGCAGAACCAGAACCAGAAAUUAGCAUUUCUAGUCUAUUGAGAAAAAUUAGGAAUAAUUCCUUCUAUCUUAGUGAUGGUAUAGAUAUAUUUCAAAGAAUGAUAACUACAUCCUUCGAAUUUGGAGCGUUCUUUCUUCAAUUCUUAUCAUGGUGGACUGAAGAAUAUAAUUCAGCAAACUUACUCGCUUAUGCGUUCUGCUAUCAAUGCAUCCUUCCCGUAAUACGCACAAACAAAAAAUGUCCAGUGACAAACUAUCCUGCCAAGGAAGAUGACUUGAUACGUUUAUAUUUAGAUUAAAUUAUAUAUAUAUAUAUAUA